AUGAAAGCAAGUUUCGAUUUUAUCAACGCUCAAUACGACUACAUUCGCGAAUCAAUUGAUGGACCAAAUCGGUUAGCCUUCGAACUUUGUCAUUCGGCACAGUACUAUGCGCAGUUCGUUCACAAAGAGCAAUCAAAGAUUGGCAAAGAGAAGCUAAAGAAGCAUUUCGCGAAGAUGCUCAAAGAACUGGCACAAGAAAGCAGAUUUUGGAAAUUGGGAUAUUGUAUGGAGCUGUUGAAAGAGUUCGUCGAGCUAGAAGAGAGCAUGGAUAAUUGCACAGCGUCGGAGAAAAUUGUGCGUCGGCGACAACUGAUUGUCGAUCUCGUUUCGGUUGAGAAUAUUUACGGAGUCGAUUCAUUCGCGGAAGCUAAUGUUCAAAUUGGAAAAUGGUUCUUCUUCAGUUUACUAGGCUUCAAACAAUGA